AUUUUGGUAGGCAGACGAUGGGGUUAGACAAUACCUCGAAAAUAGUGAUGUUUUGAUCAAUUACUGAAAGAAUAUGACGUUUAUAGAGACUGACACUGCAGCACAGGAAAGGUUCAACUUGCUGCUGCUAGAACCAGGAGAGAUUUACUUUGAAGACUUUAGUGUAUUCUAUUACCCAAACAAUCUAUCAGAAGAUGAAGCCAUAAAAAGGAAACAGAGAGGCCAUCUGAAAAUCUGCUCUAAAUCUAUUGUGUUUGUUCCUAAGGAGAGCCAACAUCCUAUUCUUAAGUUUCCUUUGAGAUAUGUCAAAGAAAUCAAUGAAUGGUCAGGUGGUUUGUUCUCAAGGAUGGACAUGAAUGACCGCAUGGUGAAAAUCAAAACUGAUCAAGUCAUUGCAAUGAAGGCCAAAAACAUAAUAGCUCCAUACACAUUUCAAAAGGAGUCGGUGGAGAUGAGAUUUUCCCUCAACUAUGUAACUGCUGAUGACUGCCUUCCCCAGAUGUGUCAACUACAUAGGGCAUCUACUCUUCCACCUGCGGACCAGUCUGCUAUGAUUAAUGCAAUUGUGUUAUCAAGAAGAUCACGAGUGAGUUUUAACACAAGCUGGCUUGAUGACCUGUAUGAAAAGAUCCUAAUGGAGGCACAAGGUGACAAGAUCAGCCCUCUGGUGACCAACCCCGGCCGUAUCAUGCUGACCUCCUCACGUCUCUACUUCCAGCCUUUCAACAACGUAGAAAGUGUGCCAGUCAUUAAGAUAAGAUUUAAAGACAUGAAGCGAGUGAUAAAAAGAAGAUUUCUCCUCAAACAGCUGGGUAUAGAAAUAUUUUGCCAAGAGAAUUCCUCCUGUCCACAUCUGUAUCUGUCACUGAAGACAGCAGAUGAACGCAAUGAGUUGUACGCGCAUAUAAUGCAGCAAAAAGAUGUUAAGUUAGAAGACACUGGACAAGAAGACAUGACAUUACGCUGGCAGAGUGGAGAUAUAUCAAACUAUGACUACCUAAUAUAUCUAAAUAGUGUUGCUGACCGCAGCUUCAGUGACUUAACACAGUAUCCAGUGAUGCCCUGGGUUAUACACGACUACAAAAGUUCAUAUUUAGAUUUGUCCAAUCCUAUGACAUUCCGCGAUCUCAGCAAACCCAUAGGGGCUCUGAACGAAGAAAGGAUUUCAAAAAUGAGGGAGAGAUAUACAGAAAUGCCAGAGCCUAAAUUUCUGUAUGGAUCCCAUUACUCUACACCCGGUUAUGUUCUCUUCUAUCUAGCUCUCAUAGCACCAGAAUAUGUCCUGUGUUUGCAGAAUGGAAAGUUUGACCAACCAGAUAGAAUGUUUAACAGUGUGUAUGAAACAUGGCAGAACUGUAUGAUGGGAGCUGCUGACUUCAAAGAACUUAUUCCAGAGUUUUAUUCACUUGGUUCUCCUGAUUUUCUCCUCAACAAUGGGUUGAGUAACUUUGGGAUUCGACAAGAUGGACGACCUGUGGGCAAUGUAGAAUUGCCGCCAUGGGCUGAAGGACCUGAGGACUUCUUGCGGAAACUGAGAGAUGCCUUAGAGAGUGAGCAUGUGUCAUCUCACCUCCAUGAAUGGAUUGACCUCAUUUUCGGACACAAACAGCGGGGCUAUGAGGCGGAGAAAGCCGACAAUGUGUUUUACUACAUGACAUAUGAGGGCAGUGUUGAUCUUGAUAGCAUACAAGACCCAAAUGAGAGGGCGCGAAUGGAGAUACAGAUUAUGGAGUUUGGCCAAGUGCCGAAGCAGCUAUUUAAUACACCCCACCCCCAGAGAUUUACCUCUCCUUCCCCAUGGAGUGGCUCUACUACAAGAACUGAUGAGGGGGUGAUUCCAGAUACAACAGAGUCUCUUCCAGUCCCCACACCUGUACAAGUGACAGAAGAGGAUGAGGCUACAAACACCACAGACGUAACACUGUCAGACUUAACAUCACUACAGCUGUACCACAGAUAUACCCUCCACAAAGAUGGAGUUACAGAUAUCAAAUUAUCCAGUGAUGGGAAGAACAUAUUUUCUGUUUCUCAAGAUAGUCUACUGAAGAUGUAUUCCCUGGAGGACCAACGUCAGCUUAGGAGUAUCAACAUUUCCACCAUGGCCCUGUCAUCAUGUCAACUGAUGCCAGACGAUAAAACUAUCAUUGUUGGAUCCUGGGACAAUAAUGUCUACUUCUACAGUAUUGAGUUUGGAAGGGUCCUGGAUACUUUAUGCGCUCAUGAUGAUGCAGUGUCAAAUAUACUUUGGAGCAACAAUAAGUUACUGACAGCUUCCUGGGACUCAACUGUCAAGAUUUGGAAAUUCAUCCCUCCAAGUGCUUCCACCUCCUUCACAGUGGCCGAGUAUGCUGGUCAGCUUGACCAUGAUGCUGGAGUGAACUGCCAGUAUACAGAUGAGGGACUCUCUCUUCUUGUUACUGGGACAAUAGAAGGGCACAUCAAUGUCUGGUCUGUCUCCAGUGGCUACCAGGUAGCUGCCCACGAAGUUCACCAUGGCAAAGUCAAUGCUGUCACUUUAAGUCCAGACUGUCGGAGGAUCCUGAGCUGUGGAGAGGACAACAUUCUGCGUGUUCUAGACUUGGAGACAGGAACAGAGAUACUAGUUAGGCAUCUACAGACACAGGCCCUAUGUUUUAAGUGGAUAAGUGGUCUUCUGUUGACUGGGGAAGCAUCAGGAAGCAUCCAACUGUGGGACAUGGAUAAAGGUCAGAUUAUCAGCACACUACCAGCACACAGUGAUGCUGUGGUAUGUUUGGAUCUGAAAAACAAGAGCUUGUUGGCUGCUGGACAUGACAAAACUAUUACCAUGUGGAAGAUUCAAUAGUGAUUUCUAUCUGUACAAGUCAAGGUCAUGUGUUUAUUUCAAAAAUCAUUGUUGAAAAUUUCUUCUGUUUUUAUUGAGAGUGAAUAUUUUACGAACUUUUUAUCAAAGUUCCAAAAAAUAUAUUGUUUUCAAUAUGUUAAUGAUAAAUGCUGUAAAAAAAAUGUGACAAGAAAACUGUUCUAUCAAUGUUAACUUUCCUUACUUAAUAUUUGCAAUAUAUCAAGAUAGUCUCUCCUGUGGUCAUGCAAAUUGGAAAAUGUCAUCACAUGUUCAAUCAUAAACCUAAUCUUAAUUAGUUUCAUAAGUACAAGUUUGAAGAGAACAUUUUAAGUUGUUAUUGACUGAUAAUGGUGUUUUGCAGCAGUGAUUUGAUACAUGAACUGAUGCUCUUGAAGUAUGGCAGUGAUGCUAUUUUGAAAGUGACAGUAUAUUUUUGUGACAAUGUGAUGUUUGAGUAGAUAUUAACUGCCAGAACAAAAGUAAAUAGUAAGAGCUUUUUCAGAGUUCUUUUAGGAGUCCCUGGCAACCAUACUGCGUUCAUUCUACCAUCACUUCUUUCAGCAUGAAUUGAAUCUGUCGCCUCGAUUGCAGGAGUCAUGUUCAAUAGUCAUUCAUUGCCUACAUCAAGGCCUGAAAAAUGUGUGUUGUGUACUGGUGUACAUUUUCGUUUUCUGGAGUUUUUAUGAAUUGAUUGCUGGAGAGAUUUUUUAAUCAGCUUACCAUGGGUCUAUUGACUUGUUUCAUUUUUGUUACUGGUGUGUUUGGUCAGAUGAAUGUGAGUUUAUGAGUUUAGUGAUAACGAAUGUGGCUGCAUGCAUGUUUAUUUUCAAAUAUAGAUGUGAUAAAUGUGUUAUGUACAUUGUGGGUAGAACCUAAUACAUACAUGUAUAUAACUAUAUAAUCUAUAUCAAUAUGUAACUUAUUUUAUUUAUAUUGUUACUGGUUUUAAGUGUGGGGGUUAAGGUUAGUUCUGGAUCAUAUAAUUAUAGAAUAUAUUCAGUUGUUAUUGAUAUUGAAUACUGGUUUGUUACAUUUUUAUUCAUGUUUGGCUUCUUCUUUUUUUUUUUCAAGCAUAUCAAUACAGUGAAAUGUCAGGUAAGUGUAGAUUUCUACGCUAAACCUGAAAUAGGAACAGGUCUUGUCUUUGUGUUUCUGCUUAUCAAUAACGGAUCAGAAUUAUUAUGGCUAACCUCCUAUUUGACAAACCUUAUUCUGUAAUGACAUGGCGAUAAUACAUCACACAAGCCUUUUAAGGCUUAUAUCGAUGUCAUACUGUGAUUACCGUGAUUACUGUUUAGUCUAUACUGUAUCCAUAUGAUGUACUUAUAACUACAGGAAAUCAUCUAUGUGUUUCUUGUUGCUCUUUGUACAUAACAUAACACAUUUUAUUGGAGUCAUUGAUGUAAAUGUUACAGGAAAGAAGAUUAUUUUAGUUAAUAGGUAACUUUUGGUUACCGCUUCAUCUUUUAUGUGUGGUUCAGGAUAUCAAAGUAAUAUAUAACUUUCAGGUGAUAGAUUUUUGCUUAAAUGUUGUUCUUUGAAUGUUAAUUGUUUUAAUCAAUAAUUGAUUAUUUGAUUAUCCUUCGAUUGUUAUCAGCCUAGCAUAUGUUUCGUAAAAGAUUUUUUCUUUCAAUUGAAUUAGUAUUUUCCUACUCUUACUAUGUAACAAAAUAUUUUAUCAUCUAAAAUACUAAUGAUAUGGUUGAUCAUGAUAACAUGUAUGAAUACGUAUAAUUUUAAUUAAAGGAUCUAUUAAUCAAUAUAAUUCGAAUAACAGAGCGAUAUUUUUCUAAAAUAUACACUAUUCAAAGAAGGUUAUGCUUUCCAUAUUUUACAUGAAAAAAAAUUAAAUACCAUAGCAUUACUGUUAAAGUUUUUCAAAGCUAGUAUUGCAGGAUUAAUGUAGCUCAAUACAUAUUUUUUUAGGUUGAUUAUUAAAGUAGGAGUCUCCACAUCUCUAGAUUUAUUGAUUUUAUCAAAACCCAGCCAAUAUAAUCAAAUUAUUGAGACUAUACUCUGUACACAAUUACACCUGACAAUGUUGCUGCAGUGUUGCCAACCUACAGUCAGCAAAUAUAUGGCCAAAGCCUUCAUUUAUAUUCAAGGGUGAAUGGGUGGUUUAAUGUGCCACCAAGUAAAAAGCCAUAUGUAUAGUGGUAUCACAUUUUGUGUGUUUAAAUAAAUUUCUAUGCAAUUUUUAACCUUUCGAUAAUAUAAUCUUGCAAACAUUGGUUUGAAAAUUUCAAUUCUGAUAAAAAGUCAUAUAAUAUUUAGUGAUUUUAUCUUUUUCUUCCAAAUUUGAGCAGGCUAAAUAACGUAACUUGACUCAUAGAAAGAAAUUAUUGGCAUUGCGAUUUUUACAAUUAUUAAAUAUGAGCAAGGUGGUUAUAAUGAACCCUGGUUAAUAUUCAUGUUUUAUAUAUAUAUAUAUAUAUAUAUAUUUGUAUUACUUAAUAAGUGGAACUUUUAUGAUGGCAGUGUUGAGUCCAUCUCUUGUUUACUGCAUUGUUUACAUAGAAUGGAUUUCCAAUUUUGAGUCACUUAGAAAACAGCAGCGUUUACUAUAUUAUGCUGUUAAAUUUACAAUAUUUAUCUACCUGGUAUACCCAGUAUAAUACUCAGCAUAACUGCAAUGGAUUUUAUAUAAUUAUACAUAAGUUAUAAUGUUGUUUAUGAUAUUCCAUUUGUUAUGAUGUGUGAUAUGAAUUUUAACAGCCUAAUCGUCAGGUGAUAAUAACAUUCCUCAUCCGGAUAUUUCAAUGUUUUGAUCCAAAAUUUAUAAUUAUAUAUCAGUUUCAGUGCUGCAUAGACAGGAGGUGAAAUUAAAUCACUUAACACAUUCAGAACAAUCCAUUAUAGAUGUUAGAAUAAAUUAUUAUUUAAGAUGACUAAUUUGAGAAUGCGACCAAGGGUCACCAUGUUUUUUUUUUGUUUUUGUUUUUUUUAUCGAUCUAGACUUAGAUUGUGGUAUCAUUAAUAUGUCAAUAUUCUCAUUUAUUUUUUCAAAUACUUGGUUGCACUUUUCCUGCUCAGAGCUUGACAAUAGGAAUACUGACAAAUUGACAGGCAAAAGUUGUUGCACUAGUCUUGUAAAUGAUAGUUGUUGAUUAUCAUGUUUGUAUCUAUAUUUU